AUGUUUUUCAUUAAAAAAGAAAUUGUAACUCUACUGCUAAUGAUGCUUGCCAUCUUGAUGAUGGCAUCCAUGUUUACAGUUCAAUACGAAAUAAAAUAUAAAGAGGUAUAUUUUAUCAAUGGAACCAAAGUAGUUCAUAUCAACGAUCAGAAUAUAUAUAAUUUCGGUAUUGAAAUCGAUGACAAAGUCAAUGGUAUCGAUGAUGACAAUUUCUAUUCACUCAAGGUAUGGCCAAGAGGACUGUUACUGUUCUCUGCCAUUCUCUCACUAAGAACCAUUUCCAUAUUCUUCUUGGUGACAACAAUUCUUGUUGGACUGAUCUACCUGAAAGGUCAAAACACCACCUCUCCACGUGCACCUCUCAUUUUCAUCAUUCUCUUUAACAUGUCUUUCCUCUUCAAUUUUAUCUCUGUGGUUAUCAUUGGAAACUUAACAGAAGCACUUCGUCGUCCUAUUAAAAACACCGAACAUACAUGUAUUGAAAACAACUCUUAUGUCAGACAAUGUCAAACUUUAUCUGGAAGUUUUUCAAGUGCAAAAUAUGAAAGUUAUGAUUGGGGAUUUAGAUAUGGUUGGUAUAUUGGUCUUGGUGCAAUGUUGGCAUACAUAAUCUUGGAAAUUCCAAUUGUAUUGCUCUUGAGAAACUCUACUGUUGAACCAAAAUCAACAGCACCACCAUUCCUUGAGAAAUAUGGAUCACAAGAAGAACUCACACCCAAAGAAGAUGGAAAGAAUAAUAAUAUAAUUGUUGAUUCUACAAAAUCAAUAUGUUAA